GGGCACAGAGCAGAGAGACAACAAGACCUACCAGUCAAAACAACGAGGGAAGCCAACUCUGAAAGAGAAACACUGUUGAUUUUCCCCAGAGAAACGUUUUACUUUUUUUUUUUGUCUAACUGAGCUCUUGUUCAUUGCAAAGAUCUUAGUAUUUUUUUUUGUUGCACUUUCCAGCAACCUAGGUCUCAUCAUGAGAUACUGUGCUUUAGUUGUGUGUUUAGUUUUGGGGAUAAGCGUGCAGGAUGGAUGGAGUGCUCCCGUUAAGUCCAUCUCGGUUAUCUUCCCAGGAGACAUCCUCAAAAACCUGACUGAUACGGAGCUGGCAGAAAAUUAUCUGAAGAGGUUUGGCUACAUGGAAACAUUGCAGCGCAGUGGCUUCCAGUCUAUGGUAUCCACUGCCAAAGCUCUGAAGAGGAUGCAGAGGCAGAUGGGGUUGGAAGAGACUGGAGAGUUGGAUAAGUCUACCCUGGAGGCCAUGAAACGACCUCGCUGUGGGGUUCCUGAUGUAGGCAACUACAAAACAUUUGAUGGAGACCUUAAAUGGGACCAUAACGAUAUCACUUAUAGGAUCAUUAACUAUUCUCCAGACAUGGAGAGCUCUCUGAUUGAUGACGCCUUUGCCAGAGCCUUCAAGGUGUGGAAUGAAGUGACCCCUUUAACCUUCACCCGCCUCUUUGAAGGGACAGCUGACAUCAUGAUUUCAUUUGGAAGAGCUGACCACGGAGACCCAUAUCCAUUUGAUGGUAAGGACGGCCUUCUGGCCCAUGCUUAUCCCCCUGGUGAGGGUGUGCAGGGAGACGCCCACUUUGAUGAUGAUGAACACUGGACUCUGGGAAGAGGAUCAGCUGUGAAGACUCGCUAUGGGAAUGCGGAUGGUGCAUUGUGCCACUUCCCCUUCACUUUCGAGGGCAAAUCCUACACUACCUGUACCACAGACGGCCGUGAGGACAACCUGCCAUGGUGCGCCACCACAGCUGACUACAGCAGAGACAAGAAAUUCGGCUUCUGCCCAAGUGAACUUCUGUACACAUUUGGAGGAAACGCCAACGGAGCUGAGUGCGUCUUCCCCUUCAUCUUCCAGGGGGAGGAAUAUGACAGCUGUACCACUGAGGGCCGCACUGACGGCUACCGCUGGUGUGCCACCACAAGUAACUUUGACAAGGAUGUGAAAUAUGGAUUCUGUCCCAGUCGUGGUGAGUGGCAGGAACUGCAAUGCAUAAACAAUGUGGAGUGUUGCUGCAAUAGCUUGUUUUCUUACUGUUUUUGUUAUGUCUUUGUUUUGGCAGACACUGCUGUAACCGGUGGAAAUUCAGAGGGAGAGCCCUGCCAUUUCCCUUUCGUGUUCCUGGGUAAAGAGUAUGACUCCUGCACUAGUGAGGGACGAGGAGAUGGCAAGUUGUGGUGCAGUACCACCGACAACUACGAUAAGAACAAGAAAUGGGGCUUCUGUCCUGACCAGGGUUACAGCCUCUUCCUGGUGGCUGCCCAUGAGUUUGGACAUGCCCUCGGCCUGGAUCACUCCAACAUCAGAGAGGCUCUCAUGUACCCCAUGUACUCCUAUGUGGAAAACCUCUCCCUGCAUCCAGAUGACAUUGAAGGCAUUCAGUAUCUCUAUGGACCCAAAACAGGCCCUGAUCCCACACCCCCUCAGCCCAACAUCCCUACCACUACCCCCUACCCAGACCCUGAUGAGACUGACCCUACAGAGGAACCUGAACCCACUGAAGACACCCCAGUGCCUGUGGAUCCAAGCAAAGAUGCCUGCAAGUUGACCAAAUUCGACACCAUCACUGAGAUUAACAACGAACUACAUUUCUUCAAGGACGGACAUUUCUGGAAGAUGUCCAGCAGCAGUGGAGAUCUCAAGGGACCGUUCUCUGUUUCUGCGAGGUGGCCAGCUCUGCCAGCUGUCAUUGACUCUGCCUUUGAAGACAUUCUGACCAAAAAACUGUACUUCUUCUCAGGGUCCCGAUUCUGGGUGUACACAGGACAGAGUGUUCUGGGUCCCCGCAGCGUAGAAAAGCUCGGCCUCCCCAGCAACAUUCAGAGGGUGGAGGGAGCACUGCAGAGGGGGAAAGGCAAAGUGCUGCUCUUCAGUGGGGAGAACUUCUGGAGGCUUGAUGUGAAGGCCCAGAAAAUCGACAAUGGGUACCCUCGAUACAUAGAUGUGGUCUUUGGUGGCGUCCCCACCGAUAGUCAUGAUGUAUUCCAGUACAAAGGUCACAUUUACUUCUGCCGGGACCGCUUCUACUGGCGUAUGAAUUCCCGCAGACAGGUGGAUCGUGUUGGUUAUGUGAAAUACGAUCUCCUCAACUGCUCAGAUUCCUCAAGGGUGCGCUACUAAGGAGAUGAGCAUGCAAUGAUGAGCCGGAAGUCGUCUGUAACGUGGGGACACCUUUCUCUCUCCUGCGCAAGUGUCAGGGAUUGUCGAUCAGUAUUUGUGUAUACCGCCUGUUGUAUGAUGUGUGUGCUUUCCGGGAUGUCAAUACUUGGUCAUCAUUGAUGUAACAUAAAAAUAAUUCAAAGACCCAGUACAGGAAAGCAAAUUGUGGACUUUGGCACUGCCCUGCCCUCACUCUGAUAAUCUGUGAAAAUAUAGGUUAAGGUGGCCUAAAAUUUGAGACCCUAACCACAAUUUAAAUAUUUUCUCUUAAAAGCUGUCUGGAUCAGAAUCCAGAUUUGCUGAAUAGUUUCUAUAUGUCUGACAGGUUCAGACUUUUAACAGUAUUGGAUUAUUUUGGUAUUUAUAGCAAUAUCUAAUAUUAUUUUUGUGUUCUUAAGCUUGUUUGUUUUGUAUAUGUGUGUAUUUCUGAAAAUGGCUUCAAAGCCAAUUACUUGCACUGGACGACAAUGCAUGUCUCCUCACUGAAAUUAUUUAUGAAACUUAUGUUUAGUAUUAAAGUUUUAACUUUCAAUGCAAUAAACAUUCUGUGAA